GUUGCGGGCGGCGGGCGAGCGCUUGGGGAGGCGUCAUGUCCUCCGAGGUGGCUGCGCGCCGCGACGCCAAGAAGCUGGUGCGCUCCCCCAGCGGCCUGCGUAUGGUGCCAGAGCACCGCGCCUUCGGCAGCCCGUUCGGCCUGGAGGAGCCGCAGUGGGUCCCGGACAAGGAGUGCCCGAGGUGCAUGCAGUGCGACACCAAGUUUGACUUUCUCACCAGGAAGGGCGCCUGCUGCAGGCUUGAGACCGCUGGUUGGGACUCCAGGCGCCACCUUCCUCGUAACUUUUGGAAACUCGGAGAAGUCAGACACGAUGGUCUGUCGUCUUUCCAGCAACCAGAGGUACCUGCUUCUGGACGGGGACGGUCGCCACGAGGUCGAGGUCACGCGCAUUGCCGCCGUGCAGAUGCUCGCGGAAGGCUUCCCUCCUGGAGGAGGCAACGCGCGGGCCACAGGCAUGACCCUGCAGUACACGGCGCCGGGGGCGGAGGGCGUGACGCAGCUGAAGCUGACGGCCGGGGAGGACGCAAACGGCAGCAGAAGGCAGGCGACAGCAUGGCUGGCGGCCAUGCACAAGGCUGCCAAGCUUCUCUACGAAUCUCGGGACCAGUAACGGCACGCGGGCUGGACAGUCCGCUAGGGGCAGCAGCACCUGCUCGCCAAGCACGCACAGGCUCACCUAACCCUACACGUGCUGGAAACGCAACUCAAGUACUCGGAGCUUACCUAGUGCAAUAUGUACACAGUUGAUUGAUUAAUGCUCAGAACACCUCGUGCUUUAGAAUUUGUCUCUUAUCGAUGCCUGACUGGGGGUGGGAGAGACUGAGCUACACUACCGCUAAACUCUUUUUAGCAUAACCUAUACCAUGUUUUUAUGAGUGCCCAAGUUUACUAGAUGGUUCUGGCCCCUUGGUGUUCGUUCCAUUAAUUCUUCCACGGAAGUGACCUGGGCAGUGGUAACUCGGCCUGAUUUGUACUGGAGCGCAUCUCACAGACUGCCCGUUCAUGUGUCACUCAUCUGGGGCUAUGAACAAACCUUUGCUACUUUACAGGGGAAGGAACAAGAUUUGUGUUUUGUACUUUUCA